AAGAGGCCAACUCCUUACUCGACACCAAAGUAGUGACCCAGAGUCGUUCUUUGAAAAAUUUAACCGACUGACGUUCCUGGAAGAAUAAUUUCGCCCGCCACCCCUAGCGAGCAGACCUCUUCCAUUCCUGCAGACGACGAAGCGGUGUUCUUCACCCGGCACCAAAUGCCCUCGAAGAAGGCUCGCAAGGCUGUUGUUAAUACGAAGAAGAACAAGAAGGCCGGAAUUCCCAGCUCAAAGUUUAACGCCACUGCGCUGGUCCGCGUGCUGAACGUGCCUCGGGGCAUGAGUCCUCUCUUCCUCUACCGUGAGUUCCUCGGGGAAGACGGCUUCGGCACUACAAUCCUAGACAUCGAGAUAUGUCGUGGCUUCCCAAGUGGUAGUCGCACCGCCUCCACGUACAUCUUCAUAUCUUCGGCCUCGGCAGCGCAGUCCGUUGCCAAGAAGCUCAAGGGCAUCAGCGGCCGCAUUAAAGGUGAUCUUGAUAUCCGCAAUGCGCGGUUGAGUCUGAAGGUGGAGGUGCUGGAUGAUGUUAGCGAAGCAGCGGACAAGUAUGUCUAUCAGGGCCUAUCAGACUAUCUGGACGCCGAGGGGCAGGAGUAUGUGUGUUUUUGCUGUUGUUGCACCCGAUGCUGCGCCGGUCAAAGUACGAAGAAGAGUGCGAGGAAAACUCAGCUAGGAUUAUGGGCUGGCGAAACGGGGCUGCCAUCAGGAGUGGCGAAGAUGAAUAUGUGGAACGUAUGAAUCAGAGUGUAACGGUAGAUGAGCUGUGAGCUGCACCACUCUGUAGAUGAUCUCUCAUAGCUCUAUCGUUGCCAAGGUCAACCUAUGUCAUAUUAGCUCGCUUUGUACAGUUGUGACUUCAGGCUGCUGCCUAGGUUGCAUGUUAACACCCAAAAGCAAAGAUUUGAGGUAGCUGGCUGCUUCGGGCUCACAAGCUGUGCUCAGUCAAUCGUCUUUAUACUCGUACCGUUUGCAUUCAAGUGUCGUGAUGCAUUUGUGGUCUGGUUGAUAAUAGCGCUGUAACCAUUUUUUGGCUGUUGCUGGGCAUUG